UCUCACACCGGGAGGAUGCAGUUCAUCUUCCCGCUCGCACCGAGGCGGAGGACGGCGGCCGAGCUGCUCCGCUGACCGACACACACACACACCGGGGUGCCGGGUCCAGGUCAUGCGGGGUCCUCCCUCUCCCCCAGCCGAGGCUCCAACAUGUUGACGGACACGAUGAUGGAGGAAGAGUUUGAGAAGAGCGGAGAGUCCUGGCACCACCCGCAGGACCUGGAGCACGAUCUCCAUUUGGCAGCAGAGCUGGGGAAAACCCUCCUCGACCAGAACCAUGAGCUGGAGCAGGCCCUCCAGCAGAUGUACUCCACCAACCAGGAGCAGCUGCAGGAGAUAGAGUACCUCACCAAGCAGGUGGACCUGCUGCGUCAGGUGAACGACCAGCAUGCCAGAGUGUACGAGCAGCUAGACGUGGCCGCCAGGGAUCUGGAGCAAGGCAACCGGAGACUAGUGCAGGACAACCGCCUGGCCCAGCAGAAGAUCCACAGUCUAACAGAGACCACUGACGGGCUUCAGACCCUCAUGGAGGACUUGCAGACCCAGGUGGACGAGCUCAAGGCCGCCCAGGCGGAGAGGAACAGAAGAGACGUGUCGGAGCAGCGACGCAACCUCGGCGCUCAGAGUGUUUCCUGUCUCAAAGAGCUGUAUGACUUACAACAUGAAAGGCACCCUGACAGUCUGCGUGUGGGCGGACUCUGGGUACCGCAGGACUCUUUCUAUGACCGAGACAGACGCCAAAACGCGGAGGAGGAGAAUGCGUCCCUGCAGCGCUCCGUCCAGACCCUUCAGGCCCAGAUAGCUGCAGAGCGGAGCCGCAGGGAGGCUGCAGAACAGGAGAGUGAGUUGACAGCCAGUGAGAACAUAGACCUGGAGCAGCGGCUGUCUCUACUCUCGGGCUGCUGGACCCGGCAGAAGGAGCUGGAGGCCGAAGUGGAACAGCUGCGACUUCUGUGGCGUGCCGACUGUGCCAAAAGUGUCAGAAGGCCAGACCAGCUUCUGUUGCCUGAUACAAUAUUCUUUGCCUCAGAGGACACCGCUUUGAGAGCAUCAAAUCCAGACGAGAUUCGCCGUGGUCACGAUCCGCUGUGUAUACGUCGAGCAGAGGCGGUAAAACAGAGGGGCAUCUCUCUGCUCAAUGAGGUGGAUGCACAGUACAGCGCCCUGCAGGUGAAAUAUGAUGAACUGCUGAAACGAUGCCACCAGGCGACAGACGGACUCAGCAAUAAAGCCAUCCAGACGUCCCAGAGUCCCUUCGGAAGCAUCCGGACGCGCCGCCGCCUGUCGAGCUCAGCGGCUCUGUCUGGUCUGACAGUGGUCGUGGAGGAUGGCCAGCAGCCGGAGUACAAGGCUCUCUUCAAGGAGAUCUUCAGCUGCAUCCACAAGACCAAAGAGGACCUCGGCGAGAACAGACGCGCAGACAGGGACAUUAUUUCCCAUGAUUCUGCCUAGGGAUUGAAUUAAUCAUCAUCCAGGGACAUGGGGAUGGAAGUGGUUUGUCUCUCUUUGAAACUUUGAGGUGGCUUUAACAUGUUGUUAUCCAGGGGCUGCGAUGCAAGUAAGCACAAAGCGUCUCAGACACGCUACAAUCCUCUUAUCUCCUGUCAUGUUGGCACACCUAUAUUUAUGUUAGUCAGCACUGUUCCUUUUAUUCCGUCCUUACAGAAAUUAAGUGUUAAAAAAAUUGUUGCGUAAAGCAGCUGUGUGAUUUGAUGCAAUAAUGCAUUCUAAAGAUCAACAACAAAACUAGAUAGAAAAUAUAUUAUUGUAUAUGGAAAUAUUUAUAGUUAGAUUAACUCGUACUAACUGAUCCUUGUCUAAUUCAAUAGUUUUAUCUCCCAAUCUACAAGUAUUAUAUCCACCUACAGCAGUAUUCAGUGUUAAUAGAAUGCCAACCCUGUGACCACUUGAUCAUUUGGUUUGUGGGAGAGAAACACACACAUUGAAUAUUGUUUGCGUCAAAUAAAGAUGGAGACGUAGUUGUUAUAUAAGACUUAUGUAAACUGAAAUGUUGGAAUGUUUGUAAUAGGAUGAAAAACUGUGUAACAGCUAAAGACUCAGGAGUUUAUGAUAAUUAGCUUAACAGCUAGUGCAAGUUGGUUUUUGUAAGUUGAACGGUUGAGGGUCAUUAGAAAGUCACCAGAGAAAUUUCAGUGGAAUACAGUUUGUAAUGUCCGUACACAGCUCAGUGUCUGUAUACCAGUAGUACACAUAACCAGCCAUGCACUUUUUAUGACUGAAUCCCACUUUCUGUUUUAUUUAUUUUUAUAUAUGAUGUAUAGAGGAGAUGAAAUGUUAUUUAUUUUCUUUACCGCUAAAUAUUCAGAGCCGAUUGUUCCACUAAGUGUGAGUGGAAGUGAAAUUAUAUGUAGACAAUUUCCUUUGCCUCAAAUUGUUGUAAUCUUUCUUACGGCUUGAAAAUGCAGUUCUCUUGAUGUGGAACAGAAGAUCAUCAUUAACAGCAGAAAGACAUUUAUAGCUGAUUUUUCUUAUAACCUAUUCUGUCUAAAUCAAAAAGGUUGGCAUAGAUAUCAUGGGAACAUUCUCUCAUAUAGGAAAAUUUGUUUUUUUUCCCCAGACCCCAGCUGUUGUUGACUGAAUUUAAAGUGACAAAUCUUAUACUGCUGACACCCACAGUGACAAAAUUGUAUUUUUCAUACAUCACUCGCACUUUCCCUGUGAUGUGAUGAUGCUGAUGUUUUUCUCUGAAGCUGUGAACUAUAUCUGUAUACUGCUGCAGAAUGCAACACUGUAUACUAAGAGGUGUCCUCAAUGAAGACUAACAUGUUUUUGCUUGCAACUAACUAGUAAAAACACUGAUGCAGGA